GAGGUUUAUUAUUCUCGCAAAUGGAUUUAAUCGAAUUGACCGAUUUGUAGAAUUUUGCAAGAAACGGCGCGAAGAACUGCAUCAGUUACGAAUCAGCGAUCCGCGACUGUGAUCGAUGAUGCGUGUACAAUGACGAUGACUGAAAUGUAAAGAGAGAAAAGAAAAAAAGGCGAGAAUAGGCUAGCUUUAUUUUUCUGUCACGCGUCUUUACGCGGUGAAAGUAUUCGAUUCGGAAGGGGGAGUUUAACUGCGGACAGGUAAUAAAGCGGCAGACGGCACCUCGGCAUUGAACGAACUUGAAUUUACCGUCAGUUCACGGUCGUUCGUUCGAGCUUACCGUUUCUAUCUGCAUCAUGCGUGCGAUUUUGCUGCUCAUCGUCCUGGCACAUGUCAAGCUCGAGGCAUACGCAGAGGAAAUUUGGCAGCAGGACCUGUCUAAAGACAUGCAAAUAGGUGCAUCCGUCGAAGGCUACGAUCGCGUAGGAUUGCGAUGCGGUGCCGAAAAGAUGACUGUGGAAUUCAGAACGACGGAGGAUUUUUCGGGAGUGAUUUACACACAGGGUAAUUUUUACUCCCGAGAACCAUCCUGCUUCCUCGAUCCAGUUCGGGGCAGAAGUUUUACUAUGAACAUCCCUUUGAACAAAUGCGAUACCGAGAGGGACGGAGAAAAAUAUAGCAACGUCGUAGUCAUCCAACACGAUGACGAGCUAUUGACACCAGGUGAUGCUGCUUUUACAUUAGAAUGUGACUUUUCAAAACCGCGUCAAUUGACGGUAUCCGCGGAUUUAAAUGGCAGCAAGAGAAGAUCCACUAGAUCGAGUAUAGCUCUCGUCGAUGCUGAUCCAGGAAGGGACAGAAGAAAAAGGGCGGCAUACGUGGAAAGCUACGACGACGAAGUUGUUUUCGUGCCGCAGAAAGCAUAUCGUAAGACAAACGACGAAUUGUGAGAUACCAGUGUGUGCUAGCUUUUAAUAAAGAACCAAACGCACAUUUUGCUCUCUUUUUAUUCCGUUUUUUCGGCCGAUAAUCAUCAUUUUUUUUCAUUGAUUUUUCACUGAAAAUUUUAUUUCUUCGUUCGUGAAGUUUCCGCUGGCACAAUCUGAUGGUCUUCUCGCAAAUUCUACAGUUUCUUUGACAUUGAGCACAUUCAGCGAACGCAACAGUUGCCGCAGGAACAAGAAUUAUCCAUAUUUCGAGAUUCUCGUUAAAAAUAUUUUUCCCAAAAAUUAUUUAACUCGCUGAACGUGAUCGUUGUCACAAAAAAUAAAAACACGUCUCCGAAUUGA